CACAUCAAAGCAGAUCGAGACAAGAAGUACUCGACACUCAAGCACUCUACUCUCUCACGCCUGGUUCCUCGCCAAAUCAGCCCUAGACAGCGAAGAGACUCAAGAUAGUACGCAACUAUCCUCGGGCCGAGCAUCUGCUACCACGCAACAGCUUCGCUCAGCAUUUGUGCUCUUCUUCUUGUCCUGCUUCUUUCCUCCAUUUCCUACCUUGGAUAUUGCGACCACGCAAACUUUUCUCACUGCCUGCAUUCCCAGAGGGCAAAAAAGAGUCACAGCCCGACUUCCUCACAUUGGGCUCUGUCUACCGCCCAAUUCACCCAGACCACCCACCUACCUCCAAGCACCAGACAACACAGCACAGCGCAGCACAGCGCAGCACAGCGGACUCGCCAAAGCUUCGGCAGUUUCCCAGCACGUCCACUGUCACUGCUAGCGCCUAGCACCCGCGCUACCAGGGAUACCCACUGCCGCUGGAAAUUAUCUGCCUAGACCAGCCUUCAAUCUCGGCUUACCUAUUCCACUUCCUCAUCUCUUCCUUUCAACGGCAAGGCUGCUGCGCAUCGACCAGCAUUUUCUCGCCACCAAAGACGCGCAUCUUGUCUUCUCUCCUUUCUCUACUUUUUCCACUUCAUCAUCCUCUUCUUCGCAACUCACGCACAAAUGGCCACUCCUCAGUCCACCGCCUCCUUCGAGGCCUCCGGCCCCAAGAAGCUCGAGCAAAUCACCUUUCGCUUCUGCUCCGAGUGCUCCAACAUGCUGUACCCCAAGGAAGACGAAGACGCCCACAAGCUGCAGUUCACCUGCCGAACCUGCCAGUACACCGAAGAUGCCCAGUCGACCUGCGUCUUCCGCAACGUGCUCAACAACUCGUCCGGCGAGACGGCCGGUGUGACUCAGGACGUUGGUUCUGAUCCCACGGUUAGUACUACUGCUAGUGAUUUUGUGCCUGUCCUCUGCCUUGGCUGCGGCGUCGUUGUUUACUGCGAUACCUGCCGAGAGCCCAGCACCGAGCUCAGCGUUGCCCGAGACCCCGAUCACGCCUACGAGGACGAGUUUGAGCACCUGGGCAAUGGCCACUUCAGCCUGCCCUUGCCCGCCGACCCCUUUGAUGAAUACGACGAGGAGUUGAUGGAAGACGUCGAAUCCACCGGCAGCAGCGACAUGAGCGACUUUGCUGCGGCUCAUUCGGACGACAACGACUACAACUUUCACAAUGAUGCCAUGGCUGUCGACCUUUAAACGCACCCUAUCCCUUACGAUUUCUACACACUUGUACUUUUGGGCAUCCACCUUUUGAGCGACAACACUUUCCUCCUUUCCCCUCUUCAUCUUGUAUUCUUUACAACAAGGACGAUCUGCUCGCAUCUUCAUUGUUAUUGCUCCGACGUCUUUUUGUCUUGCUUUUGUCGUCCUGGGCGUCUGUACUAAUGGCAAGCUGAGCUGCGGUGGAUGGGCAGGGC